CGUGUCUCAAGGCCAUUGGUGUUACCUCCCGCUAUCGUCGUCAUCAUCAAUCCUUUUUCUUCUUCCGCUUGUUGAUCGUUCGCCGUCCCGAGGUCACGGGGCGGAUCUAAAACAAAAUUCCAAUCCCCCUCAUUCCGUUCCACCACCAAACGGCCUCCAUUCCCCAUUUUUAUUUUAUAUUUAGAGGAAAGAAUACAACUUUAUCUUUCUUUCUUUGGCCUUUUUAUUCUACUUACAUGCGUGCCAAAUCCGAUUUCCAUUGCUGCGGUGGUUGAGAUCCGGCGAGACAAGUUUCGUCGGGUUUCGUCCUUUUGGCGCCUCUUUGCUCCAGACAAGCCAGGCCCUUUUACUUAAUUGAAGAAAACAGAUCCUCUGCACAGAAACAAGAUGAAGGGGUCCUGCACACUCGUGGCUUCAAUGAUCGCUGCUUCCACCGUGGCUCUCUCCUCUUCCUCGUCCACGUCGCCAACCUCUGCCAGCGACCGUGACAUCAUGGCUUUACAGCCCAGCGUCAGCCAGGGAUCGGGGGCAUCUUCGGCGCAGGACCGAGAACCAGAGGAGGAGCAGGGGAAAUUUGUUCCUCGAUUCGAUGGGCUGAGGUUCAUAGAGACGCUUGUCACCGCCCACAGAUGAAAUCUGCUGCGAGGAUGAGAGGUCGAUGAAUGCUUCUAACCCGGUGAUGGAUUCCUUUUGUCAGUUUUGUUCGUGGAUGGGAUAGAAGGAAAUUCAUGUAACUGUAUUCUAGAGAGUUUUUAUUUUUAUAUUUGAGAUUUAGUAAGGGUUAAUCGGUGGCGAUCUUCCAUUUUGAUUUUUCUGUUGUUCCUGAACGUUCUACUGAUUCUGCUGGUUUAUUUCACGAUUUGCUUUGAUGGGAUGUGGUCGGGUUAGAGGUUUGGCUCUUUCUCUGUUUUUGCCAUGAGAUAAGGCUGGACCUUUAGUGUGUAUUGUGUAAUGUGGACAAGAAAGCCUCUCCAGAGUCUCCAUUCAAUCUUCAGAUAAUGAGAUAAGAGGUGCAUCAGGAUUUCUUUUUCCUGGAGA